AUGCAGUCACAUGGAUUUUCCAACCCUGCGUACCUCUAUACUAGCCUCGCGGUACAGAUUGCCUGUUCUCUUGGCAUGCACCGUGACAAAUACUGCGCUGCGUACGGCUUGGUAGAGAAAGAACAUGCGCGUCGUCUAUGGUGGUCGCUGGUUGUCUUUGACCAAGACUUGUCACAGAGGCUGGGAAAACCAUCUGCAACCACUGAUUCGUGGGAAACUUGCCUCCCCUCCGAACUGAUUCUCUCGGCUGGUGCAUUCACCCCGUCCGAAUAUCUAGCUGCUUGUGGCAGUCUCAGCCAAUUGGCGAAAGGAGUUCGAAAACGCCUUUACAGUAACUCCUCCGUACAGAUGGGAACGCUCCAAUCCAUCAUCAACUCGCUUACAAGCUGGGAAGUUUCACUCCCACCUCACCUAAGACUGUCAGUUCCCACUGCACCUCUACUGCGUCGACCCAUCUCCAUUAUACAUCUCAGAUACCAUCACAUCCAGCUACUGGUGGGUCGACCUGUUAUCCUAUACCAGCUUUUACGUCAACAAAAGGAACAAGGACCUCCUGAGUCCUCCUUUCUCAACGAAAUCACAGUCUUAUCUUUAAAUUCCGCUGAGCAAAUGCUAGAAAUUCUGGAAAGAAUGGUCCUCGACAAUUUUGAUUCAAAGAUAAUUGCUCUGGACUUUUACUACGCUCUUGACAUCCUCCAGAUCUUUCUAUCAAUUUUCGCCCUAACAAAGGCCGAAAAGCAGUUGGAGAAUAUCUCCAAGUGUAUGAAAGUGCUGCAAGCGAUUGGAAGUGCAGGUUUUGGAGAGAAGAUCCUUUCUGAGGUCCUCUUCCAGCUGAUGGAAUGGGGUCUGUUUCCACAUCAUCCGGAGCCUUUGCAGUUUCUUUAA